AUGUGCCAAAUAAAAUUUUCAAAUUCGGUCACUGGUGCAGCGAAGUGCAUAAGAUGGUUUGCAUUGUAAGAGAAACCCGUGCACACUGCACAUAGACACUGGUAGUGAGAGACCGUUGUGCAUCUCAGUAAGUUACUCUACACAAUAUCCUUUUCUACCAAUAAUAAUAAUAAUAUUAUGGUCGUCGCCGAUUCCGACUACGAAGGCUCUGCAAUCGAAGCCCUCGGUUCUAACUUCAAAGUCACGCAAGUCUUCCUCUGGGAUGAUGGCUUUCAGGUUUCUUCAUCAGCUGAACGCUUCAAAUUGGCUGAAGCUGAUGACAAUCACGCCUCAAACCUCACUCCUGAUUGGAUUGAACUUAUUCCGCCUGAGGAUUUGUUGGAACUUAACAAACAGAUGAAUGAUUUGGGGCUCCCUCUUUCAUUUCAUACAAACAAGCAGAAAAAUGGACUAGGAAAAGGCAAAAAAAAGGGUUCACGUUCAAAGCAUCCACGUACUUGUCAUAACCAUGUAGAUGAAACUCUGUAUGAAGUGAGUGGGGAGGAAAAUGUAUCUCCUGCUAUAUUUCAUGAUAAAACAAACAGUUCUAUACCUUGUACAUCAAUGUUGGGCCAAAGCAAAUCAUCUAACUAUGAUGGUGCAAUGGAGAUUGAUAUGACCCAAUUUGCCCCUGGUGAAGAAGAUAGGUCAGCAUGUUGUACUGGGUUUGCUACCGGUGUUUCCAGGGAGAUAAAUAAUGAUAACAGAAAUAAGGCAGCAACUAACAAUGUCCAGGAUGUUGACUUUUUAAUCAGCAAUGUUUGUAUUGAUUUAAAAAAUGCACCUGCUCCAGAUACGGGAAUUUCUGCUGGAAGCCAUUUGACUGGUGCUGAUGUCAAUAACUGUGGGAUAGAAUAUGGUGAAAGCUUGGUCGACAAUGGAUGUAUAGAUUUGUCACCAAUUAUUUUCAAAGAUACAGAUUAUGUGACUAUUUAUGAUGAUGAUGGGACUUGUCAGUCAAUUGCUAUUAAAUCAGAAUCGUUUCCUGUGAGUUCAGAAAAGACUGGAUGUGACAGAAUUGAUGUUUCAAAUAAUUGUGGUGAACUUGGAGAUUGGGCAGUCUUCUGGGAUACUUUUUAUAUGAGAAGAUACUUCUAUAAUAUUAAAACACAGACUUCUACGUGGGACCCACCCUCAGGGAUGGAGCAUCUAGCAAUUGGUGGGUGUCCUGAAUCAGGUGAUAGUGAAGCUCCGAAGGCAGCAGAGGAGUGUGGGACACCAAAUAACACUAAACCACCUGAGGAAACCUUGAUUGAAGAGAACUUAGAAGGAAAGCAGUGUGAAGAGUAUUUGGCUGAGAAUGGAGUUGCUGUUGGCAAUUUUGCCUUUGAUAUCACUACACAUAGCGAAGACCAAUUUCUUGAUCCUUCAGAUGAGUGUCUUGACCAAAUUAGUUUCUAUGAUGGGGAUUCGUGCUACUCAGUAUCAAAUACUCUGGAUCAUAUCAGUAGUUCUAAUGAGAGAUGCAUUCUAGCAGCAUCAGAAGUUGAUCAUACACCCUUGGAAACAAUGGUAAUUGAUAUGUCUGGAUUGGAUACGAAAUCUGAUCCUUUCAAACAUGGAAAGAAAGUGAAUGGAAAGAAAGUGAAAAGAAGACAAAAGCAGAGGAGAUUAUAUAAUGAAAUUGAAGAUCUUCACUUUCAAGAAAUGCCUGAAGAGUAUUCUGCUACAGUUGAAAAAUAUUGGUGUCAAAGGUAUAUUUUGUUCUCUAGAUUUGAUGAUGGUGUAAAAAUGGAUGAGGAAGGAUGGUUUUCCGUCACCCCAGAGGCGAUUGCUCGGUAUCAAGCAGUACGUUGUGCUAGUGGCGUGAUAAUUGACUGUUUUGCUGGCGUUGGUGGGAAUUCCAUCCAAUUUGCUCAACAGUGCAAACAUGUAAUUGCAAUUGAUAUUGAUCCAUUGAAGAUCGAUUAUGCUAGGCAUAAUGCUGCUAUUUAUGGGGUGGAUGAUCAAAUUGACUUCAUAAUGGGUGAUUUCUUCCUCUUGGCACCAAAACUGAAGGCUGAUACUGUUUUCUUAUCUCCACCAUGGGGGGGACCUGAUUAUGCCAAGGUUACAACUUAUGACAUGAAGACAAUGCUUAGACCACAUGAUGGGUGGGUUAUCUGCUUGUCUUUUUGCUUUGAUUUUUGUCUGAAUUUUAAUCUUCUAGUUAGAUAUAUAACUCUGUUUUUUGGUAUAAAGAUACAUAGCCUUCUACUCUCCCAUUUUAACUCAAUGCUGCUUCUAAGUAGAUAUACACUAUUCAAUGUUGCAAAGGAGAUAGCUUCCAGAGUUGUUAUGUUCCUUCCAAGAAACAUCAACUUCAACCAAUUGGCAGAAUUGUGUUUGUCUUCUUGUCCAACAUGGUCACUAGAGGUGGAGAAAGUUCAUUUAAAUGGAAGGUUGAAGGCGAUCAAUGCUUAUUUCAGUGAUACAGCAGUUGGAGGAUGCUAGGUUAAACACACCCACUUCUGCUACAAGUGAAAUUAAGGAUGAUCAUCCCUCCUCUCACACAAAAAAUCCCCACUAUCUAAGGUGAUUUUUAAGUUACGCUGCUGGUAUUUAUACUUGUUUUGGUGAGCCAUUUUAGCUUAAUAAAAGAAGAGGAGUGUGUACAUAUUUUAAACAUUUUAAAUAUGCACAACUUUACAAUGUAACUAAGUGGCACUAGUGAUAAAGAGAAAAUGUUUUGGGAUAGGUUUUUGGAUUGUAUAAAUGCAUUUAUAAGCCAGUAGAAGAGAAUAGUUCCCAUUAGUUCACAAGCUUGAAAGACGGGUUGCCGGUGACAAAACAAAUCUUCUUGUUCUGGCAAAUGGAUAGUUCCUGAAGCUAUUUCCAUCCAUGAGUGUUGAGAUCUAAGGCCAAGCACUAGUACACAUAUAGGGGUCUAUUGUAAAUGAGAAUCAAUUACCAUUUUAUGAAUCUUUGCAAUUGUGUCGUACAAUUUUCACCCACUUUAAUAGUU